AUGAUACCCUGUUUGCUGGAAGUCAUUGGGUUUUCCAGCAGGAUUCCAUUCCAGCUCACAAGGCCAGGUCAGAUCAGCAGUGGCUGCAAAAGAACAUUCCAGAGUUCAUCUCUGCCUCUGAUUGGCUCUCCGGAAGCCCCUGAUCUCAACCCACUAGAUUAUCGGCUUUGGUCCAAAAUGGAGAGAAUGGCAUGCCAUAGAGCAAGCCCUGCUGUUCAGUUAGAAAUAUUGAAUGAAGGUUUAAAGAAUCCCUUUAGUGGCAGUGGUGCAUGGCUGUACAUACUUAAAAUCAAGCACUUGGAUUAA